AUGCUUUUUAAGAAAUUUGCAUCGUUGCUCACGUUUUGUCUCGCCGUGUUUGGCGCUGGCGAGCCUGAUAAUGCAAUUUCAACCCUUUACCAGUUUCCCCAUGGCUCAUGGCUCGAGAACCUCGAGAUGGGUCCUUCCAGCAGCAUCCUCGCGACUAGACUUGAUAUCCCUGCUGUUUACCAAAUUAUACCUCCUCAGGCUCAAUGCGGUCCAGGUGCUGGAAUAAUUUCUGCGAAGCUUAUUCAAUCCUUUCCCAGUGCGACCGGCGCCCUAGGGAUCGCUGAGUACAGGAAGAAUCACUUUGCAGUCAUUACUGGAAAUUACAGCCUCGAGACGCAUGAUUCUACGGUGGGGAGUUAUGCUGUGUGGGACGUGCGGUUUUGGGGUGCCGGCCUCAACCACGUCACCGCUAAGAAGAUUACCGAUAUCCCCGAGGCAGGCUUUCCGAACGGAAUGACAGUGAUAAACAAGGGUUCUGGCACCCUACUUAUCGGAGAUAGCUGGAAUGGGACCGUCUACCGACUGGAUCCGGAUACCGGUCACUACGAAGUGGUCUUGGAAGACGAGACUAUGAAGCCACCUCCGGGAGAGAACUUGGGUUUAAACGGCAUCCACACUGUGAACGUCGGCCACGAAACAUUCUUAUACUAUACCAACAGCCUGAAGGAGACGCUUGGUCGAGUACGAAUCAAUUCAGUCAGUGGACGCGCAACUGGUCCCUACACUACACUCGCAACUGGUGUCUGGGGCGACGAUUUCACAUAUGACCGAGUGACCGGAGAUAUAUAUGUGGCUGGGAACUUUGAGAACAUUAUCACGAAGCUGAACCGCGAGGGCAGCACGGAGGGCAUCAUUGGCGCGGAAAAUCAGCUCACCGUGGCUGGCGCAACCAGCGUGUUGCUGGGAGGUGAAAGCGACAGAAUACUCUAUGUUGCUACAUCCGGUGCGCUGGCUGCCCCUGUAAACGGCACUAUUACCGAGGGUGCAAAAAUCGUUGCUAUCAAAAUCGAGCAGUUGUAGUGAUGGUUUUCCAGGUGCUAUCCGAC